AUGUCUUCAAUGACUACAUUUCCCACUUUGUCCUCAUUAAACAAUAUCCUUUAUUUCCAAGCUGUACUUGGAGUCCUCGCCAAUAUAUUUCUCCUUGUUUUCUACACUUUCAUAAUCCUAUUUCACAGACCUAAGCCCAUGGACCUGAUCUCUUGUCAGCUGACCUUCACCCACACAAUGUUGCUCCUCACUGGAGGGGUUGUUUGGAUUACAGACAUAUUUGAGUCGCUGAACAUUCAGAAUGACAUCAAAUGCAAGGCAACAUUUUACAUAAGCAGGGUGAUGAGAGGCCUCUCCAUCUGCAUCACCUGCCUCUUGAGCGUGUUCCAGGCUGUCACUAUCAGUCCCAGUACCUCUUUUUUGGCGAACUUUAAACUUAAGCUAAAGAAGUACGUAAUCUAUGCUUUCUUCUAUAUUUGGUCUCUCAAUUUGUCAUUCAAUAGCAACCUGAUCAUCUAUGUCGGUGGUUUUACCAAUGUGAGUGAGACCAAUCAGAUGAAGGUCACUAAAUCCUGCUCACUCUUCCCCACAAACUACAUCAUCAGAGUACUGGUGUUAACAGUGACAACCUCCAGAGAUGUAUUUCUUGUAGGAGUUAUGCUGAUCACAAGUGCAUACAUGGUGAUAAUCUUGUUCAGACAUCAGAGACAAUGCCAAUAUCUUCACAGCCUCAGCCGUCCGAGAGCAUCCCCUGAGAAAAAGGCUACCCAGACCAUCUUGCUGCUCGUGACUUUCUUUGUGGUCAUGUACUGGGUGGACUUCUUCAUCUCAUCCACUGCAGUCCUGUUAUGGAUGUACGACCCAGUCAUCCUGAGUGUUCAGAAGAUUGUGAUGAAUGUUUAUCCCACAAUUACUCCUUUGGUACAAAUCAGUUCUGAUAACAGAAUAAUCAGUAUGCUGAAAAACAUUCGGUCAAAAUACCACCAGAUUUGGUAA